CUUUGUCACCAUCAACUCCCCUCCGCUACAACUAAACCGCGCGGGCGGCGGAUCAUCAACAUGAAGUUCUUCAUCGAUAACCUUCCAGUGCUAUUCCCGUAUCCGAGGGUAUAUCCAGAGCAAUAUGCCUACAUGUGCGAUCUCAAGCGUACCUUGGACCAGGGCGGCCACUGCGUCCUCGAGAUGCCUUCAGGCACGGGUAAAACCGUGUCUCUUUUAUCGCUCAUCGUCGCUUACCAGCAGCACUACCCUGAAAAACGGAAGCUGAUUUACUGUUCGCGUACCAUGUCCGAGAUCGAAAAAGCCCUGGCUGAAUUAAAGGCGCUGAUGAAGUACCGUACUACUGAGCUGGGCUAUGAGGAACCGUUUCGGGGUCUUGGAUUAACGAGUCGCAAAAAUCUUUGCUUACAUCCGUCCGUCAAGCGAGAGAAGAGUGGAACCGUAGUAGAUGCCAGAUGCCGCAGCUUGACAGCGGGCUUCGUGAAGGAAAAGAAAGAGCGAGGCGAGGAUGUUGAGCUCUGUGUAUAUCACGAGAACUUGGAUCUCCUAGAGCCCCACAAUCUCAUACCGCCCGGUGUAUGGACCUUCGAUGGCAUACUGAAGUAUGGUGAGCAGCAGAAGCAGUGUCCUUACUUCACAGCCCGGCGAAUGAUGCCUUACUGCGACGUCAUCAUCUACUCGUACCAUUACCUACUAGAUCCAAAGAUCGCAGACAGGGUGUCGAAAGAGCUUUCCAAAGACUGCAUCGUCGUCUUCGACGAAGCUCACAACAUCGACAACGUAUGCAUCGAAUCUCUCAGCAUCGACCUUACAGAGGAUGUAUUACGGAAAGCUACCAAGGGUGUCAACAACCUCGAUCGCAAAAUCACGGAAAUGAAGAGCAGUGAUGCAGAGAAGUUGCAAAACGAAUACGCAAAACUUGUCGAAGGCCUCCGAGCUGCCGACGAAGCACGAAACGAAGAGGCCUUUAUGGCUAACCCAGCAUUACCAGACGAUCUCCUCACAGAGGCCGUACCCGGUAACAUACGGCGAGCUGAACAUUUCGUUGCCUUCCUGAAACGUUUCAUCGAAUAUCUCAAGACUCGUAUGAAGGUUCUCAAUGUGGUUGCAGACACACCGCCAGAGUUUCUGAAGCAUUUGAAGGAUCUUACUUUCAUCGAAAGGAAACCCCUCCGAUUUUGCGCUGAGCGUCUGACAUCACUUGUCCGAACUUUAGAACUCACAAACAUCGAAGACUACCAACCCCUCCAAGAAGUCGCGACGUUCGCUACACUAGUAGCUACCUACGAGACUGGGUUCCUCCUGAUCAUCGAACCUUUCGAAUCAGCAACAGCCACUGUCCCGAACCCGGUGUUGCAUCUGACUUGUCUGGACGCUGCGAUAGCCAUUAAGCCCGUCUUCGAACGCUUCUACUCCGUCAUCGUCACCUCCGGAACUAUGUCUCCACUCGACAUGUACCCACGCAUGCUUAACUUCAACACUGUGGUUCAAGAAUCAUUUACCAUGACGCUGACACGCAAGUCAUUUUUGCCCAUGAUCGUCGAUCGAGGCAAUGACCAGAACCAAGUUACCUCGCAAUUCGAACAUCGCAACGACUUGCAAGUACAGCGAAACUUCGGCAACCUGCUCAUCGAAUUUUGCAAACUAACUCCAGAUGGCGUCGUCGUCUUCUUCCCGUCAUAUCUUUACAUGGAAAGCAUCAUUUCAGCAUGGCAAGGCAUGGAGAUCCUCGACACGGUCUGGAAGUAUAAACUCAUUCUUGUCGAAACCCCUGAUGCACAGGAAACUGCCCUCGCCCUAGAAACCUUCCGCACAGCUUGCAACAACGGCCGCGGCGCUGUCCUACUCUGUGUCGCACGAGGAAAGGUCAGUGAAGGAAUCGAUUUUGAUCACCACUACGGCCGUACUGUGUUGUGUAUGGGCGUACCCUACCAAUACACUGAAUCGAGGAUCUUGAAAGCCCGUUUAGAGUUCCUUCGAGAAACCUACCGCAUCAAGGAAGCAGACUUCCUCUCCUUCGACGCCAUGCGCCACGCAGCCCAAUGUCUUGGUCGUGUCAUUCGCGGUAAAGACGACUACGGAAUCAUGGUGUUAGCAGACAAACGCUUCAACAAGAAACAAACCCAACUCCCCAAAUGGAUCCAACAAGGCCUCGACGCCAAGAGCACGAAGCUGUCCAUCGACCAAGCUGUCGGCGCAGCCAAGGCUUUCUUGAAGGAUAUGAGUGUGCCGUGGAGCCGAGCAGAACAAGAAGGUCAUUCGUCGUGGUCGCUGGAGGAUCUUGAAGCUCAUCAGCGUAAGAAGGAGGCUCAUGGUAUCAGCGGUACAGACAACCCAGCUAUGCGUGCACUGGAAGGAAGAGCCGAAGUUGAGCGUAUGGAGGUUGAUGAAGUGGACGAGUUCGGGGGCACGGCGGACGUUGAUGCUGAGAUGGCUGAUUUGGCCGACGAAUAGGACUCCGGAGCUGUGGCACCACCCAGAAAAUACAUGGGCUUUAUGUAUGGUGGUAUUAGUGAUAUUCUCAGGUAGUUGGCUACGCGUCGGAGGUGAAAUAGUACGAUCUUGGACACAGUAAAGAAAAUAGACAACGAAAGCACAUGCUGUGCCGUGUUCCUGAC